UUUAUCAGAAGAGUCUCCUGGCCAUGCCGGAUUUCAUACAAUCCUUGCCACGAGGAAUUGGACGUUUGCACCCGUUUCGUCAUCGCCCUCGAAAACCAGAGGCUGUAUCGAUGGCGAGGAAGCGAGAAAGUUGCUUGUUUUGGGCUCUUGGGCGAGCCAAACCACAGCUCGAGCGGUUUCGGUUUUGGAUUUUUCCCCUUUGCGAUCACGUCCAAAACGUUCUCUCUUUUGUCUCGAUGUCGUCCACCGUCUACCGCAUUGCAUUGCCGCUUCUGAUGUCAUUAGCACAGUCUCACACAAUUCACCCACCUCCCAAUCCCCCCCUUCAAAUACCCCUUCCAUUCUCUCCUCUCCCGUUGUUUUCAGCUUCUCCUUCACAACCCUUUUGGUUCAGAGCUUCUUGAUCGGCUGUAAGGAGAAUUUCAUCAAACACCCACUUUGGUUUUCUUGUUUUGUGACUGAUUGAUUCUUUCUUCGUGCAAACGAUGCUUUGGUUGCUGAUUUUGAUGCUCUUUUCUGAUGAAUUUUCAGGGUCUUUUAUGUGUUUGGAAUUUCUCGAAGGUUUGUUUCAGGCUUUAUUUGGGAGAAUGUACCACUGGAGAAGGAGCAGGAGGCAGAGAGAUUUGGAAGAACUUCAUGGGCCAAGGUUGCGUGACAGGAAGGCAAUUACUGGUAGUGGUUGGGAAUGGCAGCCAACUGUGCCAAACUGGGAAAAGAGAUUUUGCUAUGAGGUUGGCCGUAUGCCCUGGAAAAAGUUCUUGGAUAGCAAGAGGUUCAUAACCCUGUUUAAGGAUGUCUUGAAUUGGAAUGACACUGCUGGCGAAGAGGCAUUCCAUGAUGCCAAGGAACGCUACUGGGCAAAGAUAAACGGCCUUCCUUGUGACAUUCCAUUGCCCGAUCCUGACAUGUAUAUUGACAAGAUCGAUUGGAAUGCCCCUAUUGACCCAGAGCUGAUGCUGGACCUUGAGCAGAACUCUAAGGCUCAACAGCGCAAAGCAAACGGGAAGCAGGCUGAUAUUUUUGGCGGACCUCUUGAUGAUCAGUUGUUCUAUUGCCCAACCUGUGGAGAUAUCGAAUACUCUACCGGCUGGGAAGAUACUGUACCUCUUCUGACCAAUCGCAUGUACUAUUCCACCGGCUGGGGAGGUGGUGGACCGGAAUUAAAGACCGGUUUCACCUUUGAAAAGCCGGGAAGUAAGUGGCAGCAGGAUUCUGCUCUGUCCCGUGCACCUGUUGGCGUGAUCUACCGGCGUGAUGUUUGCAACCGUUCAGGGUGCAAGUAUGAGACUGUUGAAGUUGCCAAAGCAAGCAGAGGUGAAGAUGUUCCAAACAGUUGUCUGGCCUGGAAGAAUUGGGAAGGUUCUUCUAACAAGUUUCCGAGGGCUCCAAAUGCUUCCAGACUUGGGGAACCAGGUAAUGCCGCUGGGGGAGGCCAGAAAGACACCGGAAAAGGUAAGUCUGUGUCGAUGCACGAGGGUGACAACCAUGCCGGGAAUAAUGAACCGGGCAGCGCAAUGGAGAAACCGAUGAACUCGUGGGGAGCCCUUGUCCACCGCAGGUCAACCGGGCUGCAAAUCAGGGAAGCCGGGAAUCACCAGUUUUCUGGAGUAGGCAAGUGAGUCAAUCUCAUAAGAAAUCCACCCCAAUCUUCAUUCA